AUGAGCUCUAUACGCGGCUCAGGCAAUCUGAUUGGGAUGAGCUCUGCCUGUUCACUACCAUUAAAAAGGGGCACUUUGCAUCCGCAAUUUCAACGAGUCUGUCGCGUCUCUGGCCGCCACUUCUGUGCCCCACAACAAAUCUCUGGUGUCUGUCGACGCCCCAGCUCGACAGUAACAUCUCCCCGGGCACCAGCCGACUCGAAAGCGACAAGUCUCCGUGCCAAUGUCAGGCGUUCUGCCUCAAGUAAAGCCGUCCAAAAGCCAAGGCCUGCAACGGAACGGGAUGAGUCGCAAUCGGAGUCGGUGAGCGAUCCAUCUCACAUUCAACCUUUCGACCCAGGGACCGUCUCUGCAGUCACCAAGGGUCAAAAUAGUCAGGGCGCCCGUCAUGUCCAUCCGCAAAUCCGGCGAGACCGACCUCUUCGCGAGAGAGUCAAGGGUUUGAUGCGCCACGUGCCCCAUCCUGUUGCUGUCAUUACCUCUACCGAUACAUCUGCCCAUGCCGACGGCGGUCCUUCCACAUGGCGAGGAGCUACAGUAUCUUCCUUCAACACUGUAACGUUGGACCCGACGCCGAUUGUUUCUUUCAACAUCAAGCAGAUAUCUACGACAUACGGGGCCAUCAGAGCUUCCGGCCUCUUUAAUGUUCACCUAUUUCUCUGCGAUCAAACCGGGAGAGAAAUCGCGGAGAAAUUCGCGCGCGGCAACCUGUAUUGCCCCUUUCACUCAAGUGAUGGGACUUUGGCUACGUUUGCCCGGUGGCGAUCGGACACACCGUCAGCAUUGCUAGCGAAUUCACCCCCCAUCAUCCAAUAUUUUCCCAAACUUCAGAUCAGGUGCCGGUAUCUCCCAGAAAAGGCAGUAGAAAUUGAAGAUCACAUGGUGCUAUUCGGCGAAGUUGAGCAUGUAUACGAUAGAUUGGACGGCGUUGAUGACUCGAAUGUCUGUCUGUACUAUGUAAAUGGCCGCUAUGCCCAAGCGCCCCAGGGAUACGCACAUCGGCCAUGA